AGUCACAAUAACCUCAUUGCGCAGCUGCCAGCAGCGAAGUUCACUCAAUUUUCAACUCUCCGCCCCUUCCUUAAGGAUUUUCCCUAUCCAGCUAUGGCCAGACACACCUCGCUCGACUCCGAAAGACCAAUCAUGGCUCAAUCUAACCGGACGUCGAAGAGAUUCUCGACUGUGAGCGGGAGUCCCUCGGUUGCGUCAUCGGAUCUCUCGAGUCUGCCCAGUGGAGAUCCCCGGCUGGCCGACUUUCACCAUCUGCGGGACGGUUUGGAGCGAUUGGAGAACAAGCCACUGCUGAAGCAGCGCUUUGUUCCUACCCCCGAGAAGAGCGACAACCUCAGCAAAUUGGCGCUAGGAGCGAAAGUUGAGCGCGCCCUGGACCGAAGAAUGACAGGCCAGGAUGCCAUCAUGCGCGAGCCCACUUUGAAUGAGAAGGCCGUGGUCGACUCGACUGCGUCCCCUUGAUAUGAACCCUCAAUGCCUUUUUUUGAGAUGUCGACUGGUUACCGUGCAUGACUCUUAUGGUUUUUUUGUGAUCGGAAUCCACGCGCCCUGGGAAUCAAAGUCACUUCUUCCCUCAGCCUGUCGGUAUCUGCUGCGACGGAAUCCUUUGAAACGCGUUUGAUAAUUAUCACUUUCUGGAUGAGAAGCCUGUCUAAUAUCUGUUUUCAUACCCCUGCCUCGAGCCAGCUGUUCUGUUUCUGCAACUUCAAUGCCUCUUGUGGCUGUCACUACAUAUCCCGUGAUUCUACUUGUUCGUUAUAUCUGACCUCGGUGAAAGCUUCUUGCAAUACUCGAUGUUACAUUAGAAACGUGGUGCUUGUGUUUCUUCAUAUGUAUAGUCGAGUGAACAGAUCACUGCCAUACGUGCACUUACCUGUAGAAUAGUGGUCGAAUUGGUGGUCAAUUAUCAUUGGUCGUACA